AUGCAGAAAGCCUUGAAGAAGUAUUUUGUAAACAUGGACGAGUAUCUAGCCAGCAUCGGUCUCUACCGGAAAAUGAUGGCACGAGACGCGUCCUGUCUAUUUCGAGCUGUCUCUGAGCAGGUAGGCUAAAGCCAAUUUAGCUACUGUAUACUUUUUUUUAUUACAUUCCAUUUCACGUUCAACGUUUUGAAAAUAAACAUGCAAUAGUACAGUUCUCAAUAACUACGACUGAAUUCAUGGUGUGAAAAUCGGAACUCAUGGGUUCAUUGGGUUGACUGCUAAAUUAUUAAUACCCAAAGUGGCCAGAGUUGAAUCAUGGAAUGCACAGAAUUAUGCUACACAAGGAGAGAAGAGGCCGAAUACAAAAAAUUAUGCAAUCAUGUACCGGUAUCUCUUUCCUUUUCUCAAGCUUUAUUACUCUCAGAAUUUCCAACAAAAGAUAAGGAAAGACUGUGUCACCUUCAUGAGAGCAAACCGAUGCAACUUUGAACCUGUAAGUUUAUUUAUAUUUUUGCAUGCACAAUGUAUUCACAGUACAGAGCAAGUUAGUAAAAAAUCUAAGUCUAUAAUGACAUUCUUUAUCAUGACGUGCUUUAUCAGUAGGUCCGGCGUGGCUCAGUUGGUAGAGCAUGGCGCUUGUGGGUUCGAUUCCCACGGGGGACCAGUAUGACAAUGUAUGCUCUCACAAUAGUAAGUCGCUCUGGAUAAGGGCGUCUGCUAAAUGACAAAAAUGUAAAUGACAUGCUUUCUCUUGUAGUUUGUUGAAGGGUCAUUUGAGAAGUAUCUGGAACGUCUGGAGGACCCCACGGUAUGUUUAUAAGUACAUGUUAUACAAGCAUAUUGCACAAUCCAUUGGUCAUACCCUUAAACAUGUUUUUCUAAAGGAAACCGCUGGACAAGUUGAGAUAAAGGCAUUGUCAUUGUUGUACAGGUACGUGCUUCACAAUGUGUUCAGAGUUAUACACCCCCACGUUGUAUAACCUUUGUUGGCCGACAGGACAUUAAAUGUGAUAUGUAAAAUGAGAUUAGUGAUUUGCAUCUUUUGCUUUUAAUGUAACUGGAAAUAAAUCUGUGUUCUCAAAUAUUUACUGUGUGGCAGGCGGUGCUUCCUCAUAUACAGGUACCCUGGGAAGCCACCAACUGAGAUAACUGAGAAAGAGUAUGUGGAGAAGGUAAGUGUGUGUGGUUCAUCACAGCCUUCUGAACCCAGGCCCUGAAGCAUCUCAAAUGCCUGACUAGUGAAGUAAUUACCAGGCAAAACUGAAUCACAUUGCUAAUUAAACCAGGUGUGUGGAAAGGUGAGAUGACAUGUGAGACUGUGGUUUGUCCGCUAGAGGGCGCUGCUCUCAUUUUACCGUUUGAGAAGACUACUGCUAUUUAAAAAAGUCAAAUAUUUAUACAUUUUCUUUUUACCAGCUUUUAUCUUUCUUAAUUCCAUCUAUGUAGACAAUUUGAUGUGUCUAUAAUUUUCACCAUGGGAUGGGGAUAAAAUGCAUUACACUUCUCACUGUUCUGGAUUCUGCUCUUCUGACUGUAUUGCAGAUUUUGCUGUGUUGCUCCAACAAUGGCCACUAUGACAUUGUGUACCCCAGGAACUACCCGAUCGAUGCAGCUCUGUGUCAGGGUCAGUACUCUCACACCAUCAGAAUUCUGAGGAACCAGUGGAUAUGUCUUCACUCUUUAAGUCAUGUAACUAGCUACUCAUUGAUUGUAGUUACUUAAUAUUCUAAUGAGUAGUAGUUCCAUGUGUAGUCAAAAGGAAAUGUACUUAUUUUUUCUUCAAUUGAAUCCAGCUCUGUUGUAUGAGCUGCUGUACACACAAGUCCUUGGUGUUGAGGAGGUGGAGUUGCAGGGAGCAUUGGAAGGUUUUCGUGGUGGAGGUCGUCGCUAUAGGAACAGCCUAUCAGUGUGCAGUGAGGAUGCAGGCUACGACACCCCCGAGGACAGGGGUCAGACUCAGAGGUGAAGUCUUGUUCUGCACAAUCUUUUUGAAUUCCAUAAAGUCCUCCUGACUAAACCUGUCUUAUACUCCGCCAGUUACCGACAGUAUGCAUAAAUUGCCCCUGCAUCUACAGUUGAAGUCGGAAGUUUACAUACACUUAGGUUGGAGUCAUUAACUUGUUUUUCAACCACUCCACAAAUUUCUUGUUAACAAACUAUAGUUUUGGCAAGUCGGUUAGGACAUCUACUUUGUGCAUGACACAAGUAAUUUUUCCAAUAAUUGUUUACAGACAGAUUAUUUCACUUAUAAUUCACUGUAUCUCAAUUCCAGUGGGUCAGAAGUUUACAUAUACUAAGUUGACUUUGCCUUUAAACAGCUUGGAAAAUUCCAGAAAAUGAUGUCAUGGCUAUAGAAGCUUCUGAUAGGCUAAUUGACAUCAUUUGAGUCAAUUGGAGGUGUACCUGUGGAGGUAUUUCAAGGCCUACCUUCAAACUCCGUGCCUCUUUGCUUGACAUCAUGGGAAAAUCAAAAGAAAUCAGCCAAGACCUCAGAAAAAGAAUUGUAGACCUCCACAAGUCUGGUUCAUCCUUGGGAGCAAUUUCCAAACGCCUGAAGGUACCACGUUCAUCUGUACAAACAAUAGUACGCAAGUAUAACCAUGGGACCACGCAGCCGUCAUACCGCUCAGGAAGGAGAAGCGUUCUGUCUCCUAGAGAUUAAUGUACUUUGGUGCGAAAAUCAAUCCCAGAACAACAGCAAAGGACCUUGUGAAGAUACUGGAGGAAACGGGUACAAAAGUAUCUAUAGCCCCAGUAAAACUAGUCCUACAGUGAGGGGGGAAAAAGUAUUUGAUCCCCUGCUGAUUUUGUACAUUUGCCCACUGACAAAGACAUGAUCAGUCUAUAAUUUUAAUGGUAGGUUUAUUUGAACAGUGAGAGACAAAAUAAAUAGAAAAACGCAUGUAAAAAAAUUUAUGAAUUGAUUUGCAUUUUAAUGAGGGAAAUAAGUAUUUGACCCCUCUGCAAAACAUGACUUAGUACUUGGUGGCAAAACCCUUGUUGGCAAUCAGAGGUCAGACGUUUCUUGUAGUUGGCCACCAGGUUUGCACACAUCUCAGGAGGGAUUUUGUCCCACUCCUCUUUGCAGAUCUUCUCCAAGUCGUUAAGGUUUCGAGCCUGACGUUUGGCAACUCGAACCUUCAGCUCCCUCCACAGGUUUUCUAUGGGAUUAAGGUCUGGAGACUGGCUAGGCCACUCCAGGACCUUAAUGUGCUUCUUCUUGAACCACUCCUUUGUUGCCUUGGCCGUGUGUUUUGGGUCAUUGUCAUGCUGGAAUACCCAUCCAUGACCCAUUUUCAAUGCCCUGGCUGAGGGAAGGAGGUUCUCACCCAAGAUAUGAUGGUACAUGGCCCCGUCCAUUGUCCCUUUGAUGCGGUGAAGUUGUCCUGUCCCCUUAGCAGAACCCCCCCCCCCAAAGCAUAAUGUUUCCACCUCCAUGUUUGACGGUGGGGAUGGUGUUCUUGGGGUCAUAGGCAGCAUUCCUCCUCCUCCAAACACGGCGAGUUGAGUUGAUGCCAAAGAGCUCCAUUUUGGUCUCAUCUGACCACAACACUUUCACCCAGUUCUCCUCUGAAUCAUUCAGAUGUUCAUUGGCAAACUUCAGACGGGCCUGUAUAUGUGCUUUCUUGAGCAGGGAGACCUUGCGGGCGCUGCAGGAUUUCAGUCCUUCACGGCGUAGUGUGUUACCAAUUGUUUUCUUGGUGACUAUGGUCCCAGCUGCCUUGAGAUCAUUGACAAGAUCCUCCCGUGUAGUUCUGGGCUGAUUCCUCACCGUUCUCAUGAUCAUUGCAACUCCACGAGGUGAGAACUUGCAUGGAGCCCCAGGCCGAGGGAGAUUGACAGUUCUUUUGGGUUUCUUCCAUUUGCGAAUAAUCGCACCAACUGUUGUCACCUUCUCACCAAGCUGCUUGGCAAUGGUCUUGUCCCUGACAUCCUUGGAGAGCUCUUUGGUCUUGGCCAUGGUGGAGAGUUUGGAAUCUGAUUGAUUGCUUCUGUGGACAGGUGUCUUUUUAUACAGGUAACAAGCUGAGAUUAGGAGCACUCCCUUUAAGAGUGUGCUCCUAAUCUCAACUCGUUACCUGUAUAAAAGACACCUGGGAGCCAGAAAUCUUUCUGAUUUGAGAGGGGGUCAUACUUAUUUCCCUCAUUAAAAUGCAAAUCAAUUUAUAACAUUUUUGACAUGCGUUUUUCUGGAUUUAUUUGUUAUUCUGUCUCUCACUGUUCAAAUAAACAUACCAUUAAAAUUAUAGACUGAUCAUUUCUUUGUCAGUGGGCAAACAUACAAAAUCAGCAGGGGAUCAAAUACUUUUUUCCCUCACUGUAUAUCGACAUAACCUGAAAGGCCACUCAGCAAGGAAGAAGCCACUGCUCCAAAACCGCCAUAAAAAAGCCAGACUACGGUUUGCAACUGCACAUGGGGACAAAGAUUGUACUUUUUGGAGAAAUGUCCUCUGGUCUGAUGAAACAAUAAUAGAACUGUUUAGCCAUAAUGACCAUUGUUAUGUUUGGAGGAAAAAGGGGGAUGCUUGCAAGCCGAAGAACACCAUCCCAACUGAAGCACGGGGGUGGCAGCAUCAUGCUGUGGGGGUGCUUUGCUGCAGGAGGGACUGGUGCACAUCACAAAAUAGAUGGCAUCAUGAGGAAGGAAAAUGAUGUGGAUAUAUUGACGCAACAUCUCAAGACAGUCAGGUAGUUAGCUUUGUUGCAAAUGGGUCUUCCAAAUGGACAAUGACCACAAUCAUACUUCCAAAGUUGUGGCAAAAUGGCUUAAGGACAACAGAGUCAAGGUAUUGGAGUGGCCAUCACAAAGCCCUGACCUCAAUCCUAUAGGAAAUGUGUGGGCAGAACUGAAAAAGCGUGUGCGAGCAAGGAGGCCUACAAACCUGACUCAGUUACACCAGCUCUGUCAGGAGGAAUGGGCCAAAAUUCACCCAACUUAUUGUGGGAAGCUUGUGGAAGGCUACACAAAAUGUUUGACCCAAGUUAAACAAUUUUAAAGGCAAUGCUACCAAAUACUAAUUGAGUGUAUGUAAACUUCUGACCCACUGGGAAUGUGAUGAAAGAAAUAAAAGCUGAAAUCAUUCUCUACUAUUAUUCUGACAUUUCACAUUCUUAAAAUAAAGUGGUGAUCCUAACUGACCUAAAACAGGGAGUCUUUACGAGGAUUAAAUGUCUGGAACUGUGAAAAACUGAGUUUAAAUAUUUGGCUAAGGUGUAUGUAAACCGCCGACUUCAACUGAAUAUAUUGGAAUAGUCAUUGUAUAUUUUUUUGUAAAGUUACAUUUUUCUACACUGUGUUUACUCUUGUAGGGACGAUUGGGAGCUCAAUGGGCACAGUCACACAGAGGACAAAGCCAGAUCUGGAGCAGAGGAAGUAUAUGUGACAAUGUUUUCUGUAACGUCUAUAAUGUUUUAGAAAGCGUUAUGGUUACCACCUCCUGAGGGAUUGUAGUUUGUAACAUUAUUUAGAAUAGAUUCUAGGAGCACAUACAGUGUCUUAUCUCUUUCUCGUCCUAAGACUCCAGAUGGACCAACAAAACUCUCUCUCCCGUACAAGGUGCUCAAAGCACUGGAUUCUGAGAUGUACAGAAAUGUAGAGUUUGAUGUAUGGCAUGACAGUCGCAAAGGUAUGCCAUGUUGCCCCUUCUUUUGGGGAAACUUGAGUUGGAUUUCUUGUGGUAAAGUGAAACUGCUAAGUUAAAGGUGCAACGUUAGUCAUAAAGUUAGUUUCAAGAUCCAUGCAGAGCACAACUGUUAUCCGUGCUGAAUAUUCACAUGGGGUUGAUAUGCUCAUACCACACAGUGAUUUAGAUUUUUUUUUCUCGUAGAAUAGUUGUAUAAUUGGGCAUUCUCGAAUGGCAUAUAAUGUCUCUGAAACAGAAAUGCAGAAGACUGAUUACAUGGUGUUUGCUGGAAGACAGUAUUUCUUGGGCGACAAGUGUCAGGUAAUCCAAUUUAUCCACUCAUUUAAGAUUCUUUGAGUGUUUUUUGUGCAAACUGUACUCCGAACAUACUCUAUGACCGUAAGGUUAGCCCAUGUCUCCUAUGCAGGUUCGUCUCGACCCCAAAGGGAAGUAUUACAAUGCCUUCAUUCAGGAGGUGGGCACUCACCCCAGCGCUGUGACCGUGUUCAUCGAAGAGCUUGGAGAAAAGUGAGAUACCAGUCUCUUUUAAAACACCCCCAUUGAACUGACUUACAAACAGGCACUACUGCACAGCACCCAUCAAUGUGUGCUUAUUUUAGUAUUCUGGCUCAUGAAUGAUUGCCCCUGGCCUUGCAUCUUCCUAUUGUCAGUCAUACAGUAUAGUAGAUAUGGUGAAUUACUUUCUAUACAGUGCUGUUUUUAAUAUUAGGUUUGAGACUUCUUCUCUCUAUACCCUACCACUUUCAGACAUCUUGUGUCUCUGACUAACUUGAAGCCUGUGAACCCUGUCCCUGCCUGGAACAUCACCCCAAGCCGCAAGGGACCAUCAUACAGCAGGCCUGAGCAGUAUCCUGGAGAAAUGGGUCUGUAUGCCCUUUAACCUUUAGAUAGUCUUAGCUAGUAAGUUUCUAAUAGCAGUGACAUUUGUAUAGGCCUCAGACAAUUAAAGAUGACUUGUACAACUUUGUCUUUUACCUCUUCUCCCCUGCACCAGACUCAGAGGUGAGAGGCCGGCGGCGUUUCUUUAAGAAGCCCAGAGGGAAGGAGAUGCUGAUGGUGUCUUACAAUCGAUCCCAGCCUGGCCUGCCUCCCCGCUUCCGGCCAGGCCCUGGCGGCAUACCCCCUGGGCACGCCCCUGGCAUGCAUGACCCCCCACCACCUCCAGGGACACUGCCCUAUGAACACUAUCACCCACAUCCUCCAACCAGGCCCCCGCGAGGAUAUGGCCCACCCAGGUCUGUGUGCUUGCUACUUCAAUAGUCAAACGGCAGGUUUGAGAAAUAUCACUCAUUCACACCGCUGCUGUUAUACACAAUUGAAAGUUCCUGUGCUGCACCAUUACUGAUUUGAUACUCUUUAUUUAUUUUGGGAAAUAAGGCCAUGUUCCUUACCAUUGAUUAUAUUCUGUUGGUAUCUAUGAUGUUGCCAAUCUGGGUUCUGUUCAGAAGUUCAGCCCGUUUCCUGAACAGGCAUCACCUCAUUGGGCCAGAGGCGGCAUACUACCCUCACCCUGGAAAACGCUGCUACCAGAGCUUCGACAACUACUCAUUCAGGUCACGGUAAUAGACAUCUUUAAUCAUCUCCCAUGCAAUGUUGAGCAGUGACUGAAUGUUGUGGUUAUAAAUGUAUGUGUAUUCAUUUGAGCUCUUGCAGCCGAAGCAGGCGCCAGAUGCAUGCUAUCAACAAAGAGUGCCAGUUCAGCUACGUCUCCGAGGCUGGCGAGGAGGCACGGGACAUGGAAGGAACAAUCACCUUCUACGAGAUUGAGGAGGGGGAUGAGACCACGUUCCCUCCCUUGCCGGUAACUAAGUAUCACAGAAGCCCUCAAGAGUUCAGACUUUGGUAGUUGGGAGCAUGAGUAUGCAACUGGAGUAUUCAACAGUCAACCUGCUUUCUGAUUUGUAACCUUCUCUUUAGGGACAGGCUGUAGCAAACCCCAUGGUUCCAGCUACCCCUACCUACUGGGUGCAGCGGGGGGCGAGCCCCAUCCCCACGUCUGGCAAACAGGCCAUGACCUCAUCAGAGGAGGACGCUGACGAGAGGAGCAAUGGUGGCGACCAGGGUAGGCCAGCCUGUCCAGUGAUGCUGUCUUGAUCACAUGUAUUUGUUCAACUUGAGCCAGGAUUUGUAUCAGAAUGUAAAUGGAAAUUCGAUGUUGUGUAUCUUUCUCAGGUGAAUAUUCGGAGGAGUACAUCUAUACUGCUCAAGGUGAGUGUUGAUUUCACCUGCUGUGGAGAUUUCCAUGAAGUACAUGGAGAGCCCUUAGGAAGAACUGGUAGGACAGUCCUUGUCCACCAUUUCAUUAUAUUCUGUUCUGUAGAUGCAUUAUUUUAACUGGUUACGUAAAGACCGAUUAGGCUAUUCCAUUUCCCAACUGAUGUCAUUUGGCAGCAGUAAAGGCUCAUGAUAUGGAGACCCCUCGUACAAUAUGGAUAAAAGUGCACAAUUAUCUUGUGAAGUCUCUUCAUCAGUGGUCCUCUGUAGCUCAGCUGGUAGAGCACGGCGCUUGUAACGCCAAGGUAGUGGGUUCGAUCCCCGGGACCACCCAUACACAAAAAUGUAUGCACGCAUGACUGUAAGUCGCUUUGGAUAAAAGCGUCUGCUAAAUGGCUUAUUAUUAUUAUUAUUAUUAUUAUUAUUUAUCUUGCAGACCCAGGGUUCCAGAGCCCGUCUAUGUAUGCUGCAGCUGAGUCCACUGCCAACCUGGUACACAAAAUACCCGUUGUAUUCACUAUGCCUUCUCAAAUAUUGCCCUUCAAAUAAUAAUGCUCUCUCAAAUUGCCCUUCACUUUUUUUGGGGGGUUGAAACCUAAGGGUAAUAAAAGUUGAUUUCACAUGUGCGAUGAUUAUAUUUAUUGUAUAAUUUCCAAUUAAUGUGCUGAUAUUGGGGCUGAUCUGUUUUGACUGCGUUCCUGUCUUUUUUUUUUUUGCCUGCCUGCCUUUCCAGACCAUUGAAGAGGGAGGAUCUCGUGCUGGCUCGCCACAAGAGGGAGUAGCUACCUACAGCUACUCACAGCAGGUACUGCAUGCCUCACAAUCGGUGUUACUGAACUCAGUUGUCACAUUUUGGCGGGAGGGGGGAACAGGUGUUUAAUUUAUACGCAGCUGCUUUAAACAUUUUUAUUAACUGUAGAAUGUUCCUCUUUGGAUGAAAGUUAAAACGAUUAGAUUAUUAUUAUUUUGCGUAACAUUGGACUUAAGCAUGAAUUGUCUGUAUGUUGUAGUCAAACUGUUGAGGGUUAUUUAGAUGUUCUGUUUCCUCAGCUGGUGGUGAAGUCAGCAGUCAUCACCUCCUCACAGGCUGUAAGCACAGCCCCAGCAGCUAUCUUCACCUCCAACUCCUCCUCUUCCGCUAGCAGCUCUCAGACCCCUCCAGCACCAAUGGCUCCACCCUCAAGCCAUCCUCAGGGGGCUCCCAUGCCCCCACACGCUAUGGGCAGACCAGGUACCCACUCUUUAUACAAGUUAUGGUCAGACAUAAUAAGUUGGUUAUUGGAUCAUAUCUUAUCAGGGACCUCAUGCCUAACGGAUGUCUGUUUUUCUCUUGUUUUUAGUUUUAUCCAUGCAGUCUCCUCCUUCCUCUCCCUGGUUUGUGAAUGAGAUGGGGGAAGCAGUCAGUGCCGCACCCCCUCCACCUUACUCCUAUGACCCCAACGGCAAUGACCUUCCACGAGGUCAGACAAACUGUUCCCCAUGGCGCGUGUGUUCAAGUUGUAAACUUCUAAUGGUUGAAUUAGAAAAUGUGAUGGUAAUUGUAACUAAAUGUAUUUAUCUUUUUAUAGAUUGCAAGGUCAUCCAAUAUUACUUUAAUUUAGGAGUCCAAGUAAGUAAAGGGGAUCAAAUGAAUAUAGCAGUGUUCUCCAACCCUGUUCCUGGUCCUAACGUCCUGUAGGUUUUCGCUCCAACCCUAAUCUAGCACACCUGAUUCUAAUAAUUUGCUGGUUGACUGAAUCAGGUUGUUUACAACAGGGGUUGGAGCGAAAACCUACAGGAGGGUAGCUCUCCAGGAACAGAGUUGGAGAGCCCUGGAUUAUAUUCUGAACAACAGUAUAAACUCAUCAUGCAACAAUUUCAUAGAUUUUACUGAGUUAGUUCAUUUGUGAAAAUUCAGUACGCCCUAAUCUAUGGAUUUCACAUGACUGGGAAUACAGAUAUGCAUCUGUUGGUCACACAUACCUUAAAUAAAAUGGGCCUCACAAUGGGCUUCAGGAUCUCAUGGUAUUUUUGUGCAUUAAAAUUGCCAUUGAUAAAAUGUAAUUGUUUGUUGUCUGUAGCUUAUGCCUGCCCAUACCAUAACCCCACCGCCACCAUGGGGCACUCUGUUCACAACGUUGACAUCAGCAAACCACUCGCCCACACGACGCCAUACACGUGUUCUGCGAUAGUGAGGCUGGUUAGACGUACUGCCAAAUUCUCUAAAAUGACGGAGGUGGCUUACGGUAGAGAAAUGAACAUUCAAUUCUCUGGCAACAGCUCUGGUGGACAUUCCUGCAGUCAGCAUGCCAAUUGCGCGCUCCCUCAACUUGAGACAUCUGUGGCAUUGUUGUGACAAUUUGCCUUUUAUUGUCCCCAGCACAAGGUGCACCUAUGUAAUGAUCAUGCUGUUUAAUCAGCUUCUUGAUAUGCCACACCUGUCAGGUGGAUGGAUUAUCUUGGCAAAGGAUAAAUGCUCACUAACAGGGAUGUAAACAAAUUUGUGCACAACAUUUUAGAGAAAUAAGCUUUUUGUGCGUAUGGAACAUUUCUGUGAUCUUUUAUUUCAGCUCAUGAAACAUGGUACCAACACUUUACAUGUUGCGUUUUAUAUUUUUAUUCAGUGUAGUAUGGGUGAACAGUAACUGGUCAUGAGACAUUAGACAUGUCUUUUGAAUUAAAACAAUGUGUGCCUAUAUUUCUAUCUGUGUUGAAACAGUGGUACCAGCAGAGCUACUGGCACUCCAUGGUGCAGGUGUAUCAGCAGCCAGGUGCUGAGCAACAGUUCCGUUCCUACCCCGGUGCCUCCCCUCCCUCUGAUCACACAGUCCCCCAGCCCUACCAAGAGCCUGGGAGAAUGGGGCCUGAUGGCCAGGGAGACAUUCCUGCCAACGGUCAGCGCCACCCCUCUGCCUCAUACCUCCGCAUUAUGAAAUGGCACAUAUGCAUUGAAUAAGAUCUGACUUCUGUGUCAUAAGUCUUUGUCACAAGGAUCUUAAGACCUCAAGUAUCAAACAUGACCAUCUGUGAUCCAUACCUUUUUUUCUUAAUCUCACCUUUGUUCUCACCCCCAACCUUUUCCUCCCUACCAGGCACCCCCCUGGUCAUGGACCCUCCCUCAGCAGGAGCCCCAGGCACAGUGUUCUACCCCUUGGUUCAGGACCAGUGCAGCCAACCCCCACUCCACACCUACGAGUCUUAUGUUCCUAUGCUUUCUGCCACCUAUCACUACCUCUCACCCUGGAACUCAGGCCCUGCCCAACCACGUGUGCUCGCAUCCUACUGCCCCUCCUCCAAUCACCCAGUCAACUAUGUCACUGCACCCACACACCCAGGGCACUUUAUCCCUCCUAGCAUGUAA